AAAACUCUAAACUCAUUAGCUCGUGACUGGCUCGGCUCGUAGCUAGACUUAGACUGGAGUUCCGUCCCCCCAACAUAUCCUCGAGCCUCUCGUACCGGUCUUUAGUUUGGAUCUUCUAGCAGCCUUUCCAUCGUCCUUGCUUCCGUUCGUCUGCGCACCGCUGACGCCUUGGAGCUUGGACGGUAUGCAGCCGCCCUAACAACCAGUACGUGCCUGCCUCCUAAAGGUCCGCGUUCGUACUCGGAGAUGCCUGCUCAGCCCUAUCUGUUGCAUACUCUUCUUCUUCCGUUUUGUUAUCUGGUAGUACGUAGUAGCAGUACCUGCUGCUUAAUUACUGUUUCUUUGCUUGCCGUGGCAUGCAGUUGAUGUUCCCGUCGUGUGCUGACGAUUAUUGUUGCAGAAGAUCGGGAGAGGCCAAGGAAGGGAGGUUGCAGUAGCGAAGAUCUCAGAGCACGCAGGCGAAGAUGGAGCUUGUGGUGGGUGCUUCGGAGGCCAGCAUGAAAUCUCUGCUGGGCAAGCUAGGCGGACUCCUUGCCCAGGAGUACACUCUGAUCCGUGGCGUCCGCGGCGACAUUCAGUACAUCACCGACGAGCUCGCCAGCGUGCAGGCUUUCCUCGGUGACCUCGGCUUUUCUUCGGAUGACCAUGACCGCCGGCUCAAGAACUGGAUGAAGCAGAUCCGCGACAUGGCAUAUGACAUGGAAGACUGCAUUGACGACUUCGCCCACCGCCUCCCUCACGACUCAUCCCUCACUGACGCAAGAUGUUCCUUCAUACUGACAAUAUUCUAUGAGCUCCGGACAUUCCGGCCUCGCCGUGAAAUUGCUUCCAAGAUUGCUGAGCUCAAGGCCAGGGCGGAACAGAUCGCUGAGCGGCGAGGCAGAUAUGGAGUGGACAACCCUGCAAAAAGUAGUCUUGAAGAGGGAGCGAAGACGACAGCAAACCAUGCUGUUACCUUCUAUGGCAUUGCCGCUGAGCAUCUGAUGGCCAGCCGUCGUCAGCUCGUCCACACGCUGAAUCCUAUAGGAGUGGAGGAGGACAUGAAGAAGCUUCGGCCUUGGCUAACAAAAGAAUCUCAUCGAGCUGUUAUUUCCAUAGUCGGGUUUGGUGGGGUGGGAAAGACCACCAUUGCCACCAAACUGUACCAAGAUUUCGGGAACGAAUUCGACUGCCGAGCGUCAGUCACGGUGUCGCAAAACUAUGAUGAAGAUCAAGUCCUCAGGGAUAUUCUGGGUCAAAUCAAGCCACGGGACAAAGAGCAAGGCAAUAAUAAUGAUAGCAGCAGCACUAUUCAGCAGGUAAAUAACAGCAAAGAUCAGGUAAUAAUGACCCGUGAUGACCAAGCGCAACAAGACCGCAACACAGCAGGGACACCUCCUGCUGAGAAGAACCAAUUAUUAGCUUACGGCAUGAAAGGCUUUGUGAAGCGGGUUAUUAUGCCACUCCGCGGCCACAGGAAGCAAGGCAAUGAUGGCAACGCUGGUUGCACACAGAGCAACAUAGAAACAAUGGCCCACGACAAACUUAUUCAAGAACUGCGAUCGCGCCUGAAAGGAAAGAGGUAUAUCCUCUUGAUUGAUGACGUAUGGUCUGUAGAAACAUGGGAGAACAUUAGAAAUUGGUUGCCACAUGAAAACGGCAGUAAAGUAAUUGUGACUAGCAGAUUUCAAGCUGUUGGUGCGGCCUGCUCAGAAAGAGAUGGAACUGAUUAUCUGCAUACCGUGAAUGUUCUUAGUAAUCCCAAGUCCGAAAGUCUAUUUAAUCAGGGUGUUUCUGAAUCCCAAAGCAACAGUAGCGAAAAAGAGAAGGUUCAUGAGCAGAUAUGGAAAUAUUGUGGGGGCCUGCCUUUAGCCAUAGUAACCAUGGCUGGCCUUGUUGCCUGCAACCCAACAAAAAAGAAUGACCAUUGGAGUACAGUUUGCAAGUCAUUAUUUCCAGAGCAGGUUGCUCCCCUUACCCUCGAUGGGGUCACAAGGAUACUUGAUUAUUGCUACAAUGAUUUGCCUCCAGAUCUCAAGACCUGCUCAUUGUACUUGAGCAUGUUUCCUAAGGGCUUGACAAUUAGUAAGAAGCGUCUGACCAGACGAUGGAUAUCUGAAUGUUUUGUUACAGAGAAGCAAGGGCUAACUGCAGAGGAAGUUGCUGAAACAUACUUUAAUCAGCUCAUAAGUAGGAAGAUAAUACGCCCUGAGGAUCACAGCAGCAAUGGGAAGAUAAAAUCCUUUAAAGUUCAUGACAUGAUUCUUGAGUAUAUUGUGUCCAAAUCAAGCGAAGAGAACUUUAUUACUGUUGUUGGUGGCCACUGGCUGAUGCCAACUCCGAGCAACAAAGUCCGUCGACUCUCCAUGCAAAGUAGUGGUUCCAAGCAUGGGAAUUCAACAAAAGGCAUGAACUUGUCCCAAGUGCGAUCACUGACAGUGUUUGGAAGUCAGAACCGACGACUUCCUUUCCAUUCAUUCAAUAAUGGAAUAAUUCAAGUACUGGAUCUUGAGGGUUGGAAGGGUAUGACAGAUAACUAUCUGAAUGACAUAUGUAAAAUGCUUGUGCUCAAGUAUUUAAGCCUCCGACGAACAGAGGUUGUUAAUAUCCCAUCAAAGAUAGGGAGGCUUGAGUAUCUGGAAACUCUUGACAUAAGGGAGACGAGAGUUGAGGUGCUUCCUAAAGCUUUUGGCCAGCUCAAACGUCUUCGUAGCAUGCUUGGAGGGAGUAAAAACCCAAAGAAGAAGGCAUUGAAGUUGCCAAAUGAGAAGACUAAGGAGCCAAUGAAAGCACUUCGUAUACUGUCAGGGAUUGAGAUCAACGAGGACUCAACAGCUGUAGCAAGCCUUCAUCAGCUGACAGGGCUAAGAAAGGUUGCCAUUUACAAGCUCAACAUACAGGAGGGUGGUCAGACCUUCAAACAAUUACGCUCCGCCAUUGAAUAUCUCUGCAGUUGUGGUCUGCAGAUUCUGGCAAUCAAUGAUGAGGGCUCUGACUUCAUCAACACAUUGGACUCCAUGUCCAAUCCUCCAAGGUACCUCAUUGGGCUGGAGCUAUCUGGCAAGAUGGAAAGCCCCCCAAACUGGAUCAAAGAUCUCGGUAAUCUCUACAAGUUGACACUUUCUGUGACAGUUCUUCGGACUGAUACUUUCAUGCUCAUCAAGAACCUGCCCAAACUAUUCAGUCUCACCUUUACACUCAGCACAAAGAAGGAUGAUCGGGACAUAGUGGACAUCCUUGAGGAAAAUAAGCUGCUUACUGACAGGGAGAUCAUUGUUCCACCUGGAGGAUUUGAGAGUCUAAAGCUGCUUCGCUUCUUUGCAACUCUCGUGCCAAGGCUGAGCUUUGCAGUUACAGGAGAAGACGUAAUGCCAGCACUCGAGAGGAUUGAUAUGCGGUUUCAAGCCUUCGAAGGAAUUUAUGGCAUUGAGACUCUUAAAAGUCUCCAAGAGUUGCAUCUCAGUGUUGGUAACCAAGCAGAUGAAGUAACUAAGUUCUUGGUAGAAGAAUUGAAGGACAGCGCCAACCGCAACUAUUUAGAUGAGAAAUAUGCAACGAAGUGGCCAAAAAUAAUCAGUGACUGAAGAUAUUCUAUCGAGGAUGACAUUGUCUUUCCUUUCAGGUGCAUCAUCUGGUUCUGUAUUCUUAUGUGGAGGCUAUUUCGGUUCAUCUACUCCAGCUUUUCACCAUCACUCUGUUUUUCGUUUUUCAUUUCAGAGUUUCAGUCUGUCGGUCUGUCUUUCCCUCAGUUUCAAGAGUUUCAGUUUCAUCAGUUUCGUCAGUCAAGUUCUUGUAAGCCUGACGCAUGUCAUUAGUUCAUGCGGAGGCACGUCCAAGUGCUGCGCGGCUCUUGCGUGGUCGUGGGAUGGCAUGAUCAUAGUGACGCUCGUGCCGCGCAAUCAGGAGAGUUGCUCCUUGUAAAUUUCCUUUAUAUUGCAAGAUAUGCAAACCAGUUGACAGCACCAAAAACAACGAGUUCAUCGAGCUUUUCCUGGGUGCGUCGUUUCCAAUUCGCCGGGCGUGAGAAAUCCCCAGCGAGCCCCAACAAUUUCAUCAAAUCUAUUGCUUUUCCUGAGUGCCGACCGCUUUCGUUUUCUACAUUAUGAUAUCGUUUUCUAUAUUAUAAAACCGUUUUCGAAUUUUGUUAAACAUAAAACUUUGUCAGUUUCAGUUGGUUUCACAACCAUUUUUAUUUAUUUUUUAUACUCUUUAAUUGCUAAAAUAUAGAAAUAU